AUGCGCUAUGGUGCCGACCUUGGAGAUGGUAAUCAUCAAGAUCCAAUUCGCCCAAGUAGCCGUUUCAUUCACUAUAAGUAUGUGCACGGCCUCUUGGUUUCCCAUGCAGCUUCCAUGGCGACUCCUUCCAACUCUCUUUUCCAUGCAUGGCUUCUUCUCUUCUUCACCGUCCAUCUUGUGCCAUCGGCACUAGCCGCUCGGUCCACCUAUAUUGUCCACAUGGACAAAUCAGCCAUGCCCAAAGCAUAUGCCAAUCACCACCAUUGGUAUUCGGCCACCAUCAAAUCUCUGAGUCCCACCACUGCAGGGGAUCAUGAAGAGAGGCUUGUUUACGUAUAUGAUAAUGCCAUCCAUGGUUUCAGCGCCGUCCUCUCUCGCGAGGAAUUACAAGCACUCAGGCAAUCACCAGGCUUCAUCUCUGCUUACAAAGACUCAACAGUUACAAUGGACACAACCCACACAUACAAAUUCCUCAAUCUCAAUCCGUACACCGGACUAUGGCCUGAAUCUAAUUACGGCGAAGAUGUGAUUGUUGGUGUGAUCGACACUGGUGUCUGGCCAGAAAGCGAUAGCUUCAAAGAUUUGGGAAUGACCAAAAUUCCAGAAAAGUGGAAGGGAGAAUGCGUGCCAGGAGAAGCCUUCAAUACUUCCAUGUGCAACCGCAAGCUCAUCGGCGCACGCUACUUCAACAAGGGCUUGGUGGCAAACCACCCUGGUCUAAACAUCUCGAUGAACUCGACGAGAGACACACAAGGGCAUGGGACCCACACAUCAUCAACGGCCACUGGGAACUACAUUCCAGGUGUAUCAUAUUUUGGUUAUGCCAAGGGAGCCGCUUCUGGUGUUGCUCCUUAUGCUAGGGUGGCCAUGUAUAAGGUCCUCUGGGAUGAAGGAGGCUACUUGUCGGACAUCCUCGCAGGAAUGGACCAAGCGAUCGCGGACGGAGUGGACGUGAUAUCAAUCUCGAUGGGCAUUAAUGAGACCCCCAUGUAUGAAGAUCCUGUCGCCAUUGGGUCAUUCGCAGCCAUGGAGAAGGGUAUACUAGUCUCAUCUUCGGCAGGCAACGACGGUCCAUCCCUUGGAACCCUACACAACGGAAUUCCAUGGCAAUUGACUGUUGGGGCUGGCAGUAUUGACAGGGAAUUCGUCGGGACGUUGACUCUAGGUAAUGGGUUAACCAUCAUGGGUCGAACUCUUUUUCCCGCCAAUGCAUGGCUAGUGGAUAUGCCAUUGAUCUACAAUGAGACCUUCAAAGCAUGCAAUUCGUCCUCAUUGUUGUCACAGGCCAAAGGAUCCAUUGUUGUGUGUGAAAACACCAGCUCAGUCUUCGAACAAAUGUAUUCGGUUUCUGAUUCAAACCUCACCGGAGCGAUAUUCAUAUCUGACCAAGAUGACCUCGAAUUCGCAUCUUUUUCAUUCCCAGGAGUUGUAAUUAACCCGACCGAUGGCAAGAAACUCAUAUCCUAUGUGGAGAAUGACGAUAAUCCGACGGUAUCAUUGAAAUUCCAACAGACCAUUGUUGGGACGAAGCCUGCGCCAUUCGUUGCCGCAUAUACUUCUAGAGGUCCUUCAUGGAGUUAUCCUGGUAUAUUGAAGCCGGAUAUCCUCGCCCCUGGUUCAAGAGUGUUGGCAGCUUGGAUACCGAAUGCACCAGUGGCUCGUAUUGGGUCCCGAUUGAUUUUGUCAAGCGACUUCAACAUCAUCUCCGGGACAUCCAUGGCUUGUCCACAUGCAUCUGGAGUGGCUGCGUUGUUGAAGGGGGCCCACCCUGAUUGGAGUCCAGCUGCAAUCCGAUCGGCCAUGAUGACAACGGCAAAUCCUUAUGAUAACAAUUACAAUCCAAUCUUAGACAGUGGGAAUGAUUACAAACCAGCCACUCCGCUCGACAUGGGGUCUGGCCACAUUGACCCUAACAAGGCGCUGGACCCUGGUCUUGUCUACGACGUGGAUGCGCAAGACUACAUUAAUCUCCUUUGCACAAUGAAUUACACGGCUAAGCAGAUCUCAGCAAUCACUAGGACUCCUUACCAAUGCUCGAAACCAUCAUCCGAUCUCAAUUACCCAUCGUUCAUUGCUUUGUUCGGUAACAGUUCUUCACAGACCCAAAACUUUCAAAGGACGGUGACCAAUGUCGGAGACGGUGCAUCAACUUACAAGGCUGAGUUGACGGUCCCGGCAAAAGGGCUGUUUGUUAGCAUCCAGCCUGAUACACUUGUGUUUCAAAAGAAGUACGAGAAGCUAAGCUUUACUUUGACUGUGAGGAACAGUCCAAAGAGGGGAGAGGAAGUUUCAUAUGGAUUUCUUACUUGGGCUGAUGAUGGGAAGAAGCACACAGUGAGGAGUCCUAUAGUAAUCUUAUACUUGUUGGAAAGGUGGCGCGCCCCUUCUUCUCACGCUGAUAGGCAUAGCAGGGCCUUGCUUUCCAUAGGGAUUGAUGUGCAACCCCAUCAGGAGGUGUUCUCUCAGGUGGUGUGUUGGAGGAAGCCGCCGUUUGGUUGGGUGAAGCUCAACGUGGAUGGGUCAUCUAGAGGUAACCCGAGGGUGGCUAAAGGAGGGGGAGUAUACAGGGGUGACAAGGGGGAACUCCACUUUACAUUUUCCACAGGAUAUGGCAUUGCUUCAAACACUAGGGCCGAGCUACGUGCCAUCCAUGAUGGCCUUGUUCACUGCCUCCAGCACGGCUUAAAGAAUAUCAUUGUUGAAUCAGACUCACUUCUGGUGGUGCACUUCUUGUCGGGCAUCGUUCAACCGAGGUGGAAAUGGAGACGAUGCGCACUCUUUGUAAACCCCGAUGAUGUUAAAAGGCCGGCUGUUGGCAGCUACAAGGGAUACGGCAUCAUCGAUGCGUGGAAUGGACAUUCGCGAGAUUACGAUCCUAACAACGCUUCCAUGGCCACUCCUUCCCACUCUCUCCUCCAUGCAUGGCAUCUUCUCUUCUUCACCGUCUAUCUUGUGCCAUCGGCACUAGCCGCUCGGUCCACCUAUAUUGUCCACAUGGACAAAUCAGCCAUGCCCAAAGCAUAUGCCAAUCACCACCAUUGGUAUUCGGCCACCAUCAAAUCUCUGAGUCCCGCUACUGCAGGGGAUCAUGAACAGAGGCUUGUUUAUGUAUAUGAUAAUGCCAUCCAUGGUUUCAGCGCCGUCCUUUCUCCCGAGGAAUUAGAAGCUCUCAGGCAAUCACCAGGCUUCGUAUCUGCAUACAAAGACUCGACAGUCACAAUGGACACAACCCACACAUACGAAUUCCUCUCUCUCAAUCCAUACAUCGGGCUAUGGCCUUCAUCUGAUUACGGCAAAGAUGUCAUUGUUGGAGUGAUCGACACUGGUGUCUGGCCAGAAAGCGAUAGCUUCAAAGAUUUCGGAAUGACCAAAAUUCCAGCAAAGUGGAAGGGAGAAUGCGUGCCAGGAGAAGCCUUCAAUACUUCCAUGUGCAACCGCAAGCUCAUCGGCGCACGCUACUUUAACAAGGGCUUGAUCGCAAACAACCCCGGUUUGAACAUCUCCAUGAACUCAACGAGGGACACAUAUGGGCAUGGGACCCACACAUCAUCAACGGCUGCUGGGAACUACGUUCCAGGUGCAUCGUAUUUUGGUUAUGCCAAGGGAACUGCAACUGGUGUUGCUCCUCGUGCUAGGGUGGCCAUGUAUAAGGUCAUCUGGGACGAAGGAGGCUACAAGUCGGACAUCCUCGCAGGAAUGGACCAAGCGAUUGCAGACGGAGUAGACGUGAUAUCGAUCUCGAUGGGCUUUAAUCACGCUCCCAUGUAUGAAGAUCCUGUCGCCAUUGGGUCAUUCGCAGCCAUGGAGAAGGGCAUACUAGUCUCAUCUUCGGCAGGCAAUGCCGGUCCAUCCCUUGGAACCCUACACAACGGAAUUCCAUGGCAAUUGACUGUUGGGGCUGGCAGUAUUGACCGAGAAUUCGUUGGAACGUUGACUCUCGGCAAUGCACUGAACCCGGGCCUUGUCUACGACGUGGAUGCACAAGACUACAUUAAUCUCCUUUGCACAAUGAAUUAUACCACUGAGCAGAUCUUAACAAUCACUAGAAAUUCUUACAAAUGUUCGAAACCAUCAUCUGAUCUCAAUUACCCAUCUUUCAUUGCUUUGUUUGGUAACAGUUCUUCACAGACCCAACAAUUUCAAAGGACGGUGACCAAUGUCGGAGACGGUGCAUCAACUUACAAGGCUGAGUUGUCUGUUCAGGCAAAUGGGUACUUGGUUAGCGUCCAGCCCGAUACACUUGUGUUUGGAAAGAAGUAUGAGAAGCUAAGCUUUACUUUGACUGUGAAGGACAGUCCUGAGAGGAAAGGGGAAAUUUCAUAUGGAUAUCUUACAUGGGUGGAUGAUGGGAAGAAGCAUACAGUGAGCAGUCCUAUAGUAAUUGUUUAA